AUGUCUAAUGAUGGUUUGGAGAAUCCGGUGAUAAGCUUGAAGCUACUCAUAGAUAAAGAGAAAAACAAGGUUGUAUACGCUGAAGCGGGUGGAGAUUUCGUCGAUAUACUCUUUAGUUUCUUAACAUUGCCUAUGGGAACUCUCGCUAGAUUGCUUGAGAAGUCAAACUCUUCUGUUCCCAUCGGCUGUUUCAACAAUAUCUACGCAAGUGUAGCGACUAUGUCCAUGAAGCAUUUCAGCACCGAAGCUUCCAAACAGAUGCUUCUGUACCCUGGGAGUUUGAAUCAAGACAAAUGCCAAAAGACUAAGCUGAGGAUGAUAGAUGAUGACUCACAGGCUACUAAAUGUUUCAUGUGCCCUAUGUUUGUGAGAAGCGGGCAAUGUAGCAAAGGGUACAGCAAUUUCAACACCUCUAGAUGUAGCUGUGGGAAUUUGAUGAAUGAAGUCAUUCAGUUCCAAAGAAAAGGAGUCAAAGCAAGUGCAGGGACUAAUGGUGUGUUUGUUAGGAGUGCUCAUACUUCAUUCAUUAUCACUGAUGAUUUGAAAGUGGAGGUUAACUCUGUUAUGUCUACACUUAAACUUCUUAAAGAGCUUGGCUACACUGAUGAUUGCGAUAAGCUGGUUGACUUGAUUCUUGACUUCAAUCUCCAAGAGGUAACGGCUUUGCUCAAGUGUUUGUUCACAUCAGAUACUCCACUGACGGAUACCUUUCUGAAAAAGAAAAGCUCAUGCGGUAUUAAGAGGAUGCUGAGUCCUCCUCCUGCCUUGAGCGAAGAAGAAAGGGAAUCAAAAGCUGAUCAAACGAUAACAGUGAAUGCAUAUGUCAGGAAGAAGGAAGGGAACAUCAUGUAUGUUGAGUGUGGUGAAGAUUUUGUUGAUCUUCUUUUCACUUUUCUAGCUAUGCCUCUACAAUCUGUAUGGGGGAUAUCAGGCAACGGAGUCACCUUUGGAUGCAUUGGGAACUUGUGCAAAAGCUUCAAGGAACUGAGUGUUGAUUCAGCUUCGGGUUUUAAGUGUGUUCUGCCUCAUUACUACAAGUGUCAGAAGCAGCAGCUGCUUGAUGAUUUAGUCACUACACACAAGCCACCUACUUACUACCGUUUUGUUUCCUUCUCUGUGGAUCAUUUUAGAGAGUACUGUUUGACUGAGAACUCUGAUAAGAGACUUGUGUAUGCCUGGGAUAAACUCUUGCCUGUGACUUCUAUAGACCCAAAAUCGGAAGGAAAUAACAACACAGCUGAUGAGUCAAGUGGGUUUGUGAAGAAAGGGACAAAGUUCAUAGUGACAGAUGAUUUGGUCAUUACUCCUUCCAACUCAUCCUCAGUCUUGGGGAUGUUAAAAGAUAAACAAAUCAGCCUAGAGGAUGUGGAAUGUCGAGUGAUCAGUAUGAAGCAAGAAGAGGUGAUCAGGUUAUUGAGAGCUUCAUUGGUAACGUUUUCUGCAUUGAGCACAGGUCUUCUAGCUAUGGAACCAUCUUCAACAAGUGUUCCUGAAAGCCGGUUUUAUAAGAAGCCCAAGAUUGAGACUUGAGGAGCAAGCGUUCUCAACCCGAAACUUCCAAGUUGUUGCUAAUGUUUAUCGCUUUUUUUAUUUAGAAUCUGACUGUUUCAGUUGCAACUAAUAUUAGUUUUCUUGGACAUCCUACUUUUGUAUGAAUAUGUCAUUUUAACUUGCUUCUCUUUUGUUAUUUAUGUGGUUACGUAGUUAAGGGGGAGGGUUGUUUUCUGGUUUUACUUAUUCGGCUCCUGGAUUUUGAUUGUGACCGAUUUUUAGUUAAUGUCAGG